AUGGCGCUUUCGUGCCACCAAAAGCGGGCACGGCUUCCGCGCUCGGCGCGUGCUUGGCGCCUGCGCCCCUCGCUCCGCUGGCGCCCCUCGCGCGCACGUGCGCAGGGUGCAUGUUGGAUGCGAGAGGAUCUCGAAACACCUGCCUUGGCUGCUGAUCCUUCUGCCAGUGUUGCGCAGGCGACGCGCAGACCGCUCCAACCGCGUGGCCAACGUCGCCCGCGUGGCCCGCGAGAGCCGCGCUGCCCGCGUGGCCAGCGCCAACAGCGAGCUGAAGAGCCGCGAGCUGCGGGAGUUGCGGGAGGUCUUCGAGCUGGCGGACACGGACUGCAACGGCCGCAUCUCGGCGCGGGAGCUGCGCAGCGCCAUGUGGGUGCUGGGCAUCUGCAGCGAUAUGGGCAGCGUGAGGCAGACGGUGGCCGAGUUCGACGUCGAUGGCCACGGCGAGAUCAACUUCGAAGAAUUCGUGCGAGCGGCGAGCCAGACGCAGAGUGCCUUGCAGCGGGCGGUGAACCGCGGCCGCAUCUUGUCGCGCAUGAGCGCGCUGUUUUUCGACCACGACGACUUCGACACUUUGGGCCCCGAAAAAGUGGCUCAGGCGCGCGUGCAAGAGCCAGGCACUUCCUGCAGCUCUGCCUCUGCGAGUUGGCGGUGGUGUGUUUGCGGGUGCGGGUGAGCAGUUGGGUCUUGAACCGGGUGCUGAGAUGGCGCCUGGUGACUCUGGCGGCACGGCCCAUCGUGACGGGCCGGUUCCUGACGCUUUUGGUGCGACACCGCCGUAUCAGUGAGGCGCUGCUGGUCUUCCUGCGCCUGCCGGGCGCCGAGAGAGGCGUGGUGCCUCUGCUCUACUUCGACGCGCAGCUGGCGGAGCUGUGCCGCGCGCCCGACGUGGACCAGGUGGUCGGGCGCCUGGUCGGCCGGCACGGCAUGGGCUCCUUCUUUCGGCGCUUCAUCGUCACAGCGCCCCCGCAGAUGCUGAGGCGAUUCAUCCAGCACAAGGCCACCGCUCAACUGGUCGCAAAGGUGGUGUGCCAGUUCUCUGCAGCCCGGGACUCGGCCGCCUGGGCGCACCGCCGGCGCCGGGAGCUGCCGGCGGCGGUGGCGCGGGCGUGCCAGGAGCCGGGGGCGGAGCUCUGGGCUAUGCACUUCUGCGCCACGCCGGGUGUGGAGGAGUGGCUGGGCGCCUUGUUGAGCGACCCCCGCGGCGCUGGCUUCGCUCACCGCCUGUUGCUGGAGCCUGGCUUCAUUGACAAGGUGGAGGACUUUUUGGGUUUCAAGGAGGCCCGAAAGUUCGUGAUCCGCCUGCUGCGCCAGCCCGGGGUCUACCGCUUCGUCACGUGGCUGAACAGGGACCCGGAGAUGCAGCGGUGGUUUGCACGCAUUGCGAAGCGGGAGAAGCCCAUGGUCUUCAUCACGGAGAUGCUUCAAGAGCCAGGCCUGGACAAGUUCAUUGUCGGCUUGCUGCUGCGGAAGGGGAACGAUACGGCUUUGAGGUCCAUGCUGGACUUCUGGGUGCACACGGAGGGCUCCUUCGCCUCGGUCUUUGGGUCCUUCUCCAAGAAGCCAGGCGUGGAGCGGGCGCUGGCGCGGGUGGUCAUCAGCCCAGGCUUUUUGGAUGGCUUCGUCUUCAGGAAGUUCCUGUGGCAAGAUGGGCUUUGGGAACUGGCUGUGGAGGCGGCCACCCUGGUUGGAGUGCGGGGAUUGGUGGACAAUGUGCUGCCGCUGACGCUGGCCGUUCUUUCAGCCAUCCUGGCCUUCUACGCACAAGGCGAUGCGUGCCCCCGUUGA